GCUAUUUCCACAUCCCCGGCCAUCUCCGGUGAGGUCAUCCGAACGGUGGGCGUAAGUGGGCGAGGCCACCGCAAAUGCUGGUCCUGAAACCUGAUAUUUGCUGGUCAGGGAGUGAAAGUCUGGGGAGAAGCAGUCCAAAAAGAAACUGUUUAUUGCCUUCGGUCAUUGCUAACUGGACUACCUACCCGGACCUCAGGAGGGACGGUCUUCAGCAGAGAGGGAAAGUAAGUGAAAGAUGCUUGAUAAUAAACCUGAGACACCUUAUAGAAAGACUGUAGCAUAAGUUAUCACUAACUCUGGUACCGUUAUGUGUUUAUUAAUGCAUUUACGCACAGGGACUGAUCCAGGCUCAUUUGUUCUUGUUGGACCGGCGAGUUUGCACGUAGCCUGCAAAACCACAUACAGAGACCGCCUGCCAAACUUAAAGUUAAUUUUAUGACCCAUUUUUUAAAGCUGUUCAUCAUCACAGAGGUUUGCUGCUGUUCUCUAGUUAUGACAAAAGUGAUGGAAAUUUAUUUGAUAGUGUCAUUUGGUCAAAAAAAAAUGACACAAGAAAGUUAACUUGAGAUAUUUGCCCCUUUUAUAAGUCCUCUUGUGAACAAUUAGCAUUUUAUUCUGAUGAAAUCAAAAGCUGGUUUUGUUAGAGGCUACAGAGAACUGUUGCUGUAUCUCCCAACUAAUCGUAGGCUGCAUAAUCUUUCAUAUCUGAUGUUUUUUUUCGAGUGAAAAUGUUUGGUAACAGAUUCUCAAGUCAGUAGGACAACAUUGCAGUUAAAAAGAAUCUUAUUUUUGCUGACUUUUUUUUUCCGGUUUUCCACUAUUGCUCUCCUCAGAUUGCUGUGGAAAAGGCCAUGAGAAAAACAGCUGACAUUCUUAUAAACAAGCAUAUUUGACCUUUUAGUCGAAGUUGUAAUGAAUCCAAGCUGCAGCAGCAACUUGGAUUCAUACUUUUUCACACUAACACACAUCUGAAAACAUGCUUUUUACUUUUGGUCAAAAAUGAUAUACCAGUGUUUCUGUGACAUGCAGCAAAAAUCUCAGACUUCGAGAUUUCCGGUUCAAUGCUGGUCUUGAUAUUUUGUUUACAACAUCUUGAAUCUGUUUGUGUUUGAUCAAAUGUUGCUCCUUAGGUGAAACUUCAUCUAAAUCAUACAUUUAUUAGAAUCAUCUUUUGCUGGAAGAGUCAUAAAAGUGAUCAUUAUUUAUUCGGUCUUUAUAUGGGUAUAACCCAGAAUUUAAUUGGAAAAGAAACAAAGUUUAGGUGUGUUUUUUUGUCCUUAGUUGAACUGAAGUUAACAUUCUGACACUGUUUUCCAUAAGAAAACUUUGCCAUAUGGAUCGACACAUUGCAGGCAGAUCCAGAGGCGGAAGGCUUCAUUCCAUCUCCUGAUUCUGUAACAUGCGUUGUUUCCAGCUUGUGUAACCACUGCCACGUUACAGCAAGAAAGUAGAAACUCUGCUGUUGAAUGAUGUACACUUCCCUGCCAGAUGUUUUACACAAACGCAAAAGAUCAAGCUUUCCACAUUAAAGGGCUUUUGCAGACGCAGCGGUUAAUGUGUGACUUUUUUCAGACUAUAAACUCAGGUUUAUAUUAACCUUUGAUCAGUGAUGCAUGAGUCAAAUUUUCUAUGAAAAAAAAAUUAUAGUACAGUACAAGGGUAGAAGCAGUGGCCCCCAGUGGUCAUUUAUUACCCUUUUCCUGUUCAGGUUGGGUAUCACAACACCUGGCAGGUUUAUGAGUUUAGGAACCGUUUUUUGACUCUGAUGCAGCACAAAAAGGAGAACAACCAGCGCUGAGCAACUUUGUAAAUCCAACUCUAAUUCUAAAUGAAUUUUGCUGUGUAAAAAGUUAUUGAUAGCAAAGUUUGAUCAUUUGUAAAUCACUAAAAACCCCUGUUUGAUUUAAAACAGUGGCAAGAAAACAUUAAAAAAAGAAGCUCAUUUUGCAUUUGAUGCAAGCAACACAUUUCAAAACAUGUUGGGUCGGAUGGUCGCCACUGGUGUAUUUGCUUCUUUGAACAACACCCUGGGAACCAAGGAAUCCGUUUCUUUAGAGUUUUAGAGUUUUAAAUUAAAUGUAACCCAAUUCUGGGUCUUCCAAAUGUUUUCUAGUGGUCACAAGUUGAGGGGCAGAGAGGCCAUUUCAGUCUAGCACAGAACAAUGCUGUUGUAAUAUGUGUAGGACUUGGUUUGGCAUUGUCUGGCUAAAAUAUGCAGUUUGGUAUGCAAGGAUCCACGACGUCCCUUUUGCCAGGCUCCAAACUGGCCCCUGCCACAUUGGUCUUGAAUGAUUACAAAGUCACCCCGUCCCCCAAAGCAGGUGCUGAUCACUAUAUUCAAACAACAGAACCUCGCAAAGUAGAGCUGAGUAUUUCCUACAGUCUUACAAUACAUGUCAGGAAACAGAGGCCGCAGUGGGAUACGUAUCAUGAUGUGACUGUACCACCAAAAGAUUAGUACCAUGAUACAUGUCACAGUACACAACUGUAACGAAUUCAAGUGAGUAAGACCAAAGGAAAGUUCUCAGGAGCCUUCCACCAAAAUCAAUCACUUUGUAAUUAAUUGCAUAUAUAUGAGAAAAGAAUUCCAUCACUCAAAGAUACUGUAUAAGAUUAUGUUUGUGCGGUUAUUUUUAACCAUUUUAAUUGUUCCCAUAUUUAGUGUUUAUUCCCAAACUAGCCUUGUCUGCUGGCAUCAUCAGUUAACCCCCGUGUCACCCCUGAGGAAAUGACAGCAGUCCUGACAGAGCCUGUAAUUGUCUCACUCUUUCUGAAGACGUCACUCUUUCCAGGAACAUGAGCGACUUUGAGUGACAACUACAUGAUUUCCACUGAUUCAAGUGGUUUAAAGGACUGCUGUUUUAAGGCUGUCACCGCAAAGUCUAGAUCCCAUGCAGAGACAGCGAGCCUCCUAUGGGCACUCCUCAGGAGUUGUGUUACAAGGCCUUCAAUCAGGUCCAGACUCACGUGGCCUUAAUUGCCGCUCCCUUUAGACUUGCAGAGGUUUUGCCAGCAUCCAACAGCCUCAGCAGAUAUUGGAGCUGCACAACACAGGCUUGAUGGACUCACCUGCAUGAUUGGUCCUUCACCAAGAGAGAAAAAAAAGGCCCCAGGGGUCGAAUAUUUGACUAUGAUCAAUGUUGCUUGUGCAUUUUGCACAGCCUAAAACGCUGAAACAGGACCUCCGGUGUCUGGCUCAGAAGUUUCCAGCAAACCAGAGGUUGCCAUGGCCUCCCAUCAGGAGGAGUGCUCCCCAUGAAAACCACACCAUGUGAGGCCAAGUUUUGGGCCACCAUGAUCUGCCUCACCCUCCUGGCCCGCCACGUCGACAUCAGUGGAAUGGCCAGUAAGUGAGCUCGGCUCACUGAAGUGUAUGUUGCAGUCAGCGGCUAACAGUUCCUAUGAUAGACAGGCACUGCAGUGAAAGCUCCUGCUGAACCAGGGAGUGGUCAGUCCUCAUAGAUAUGGAAUAUGUUACAGUGUGUGGAGAUGGUCUUGAUACAUCAGAGAACAUUAUUCUUAAAUCGCUGAACCAUAAACUUCCACAUAAUCUCUCACAGACAGGUCAACCUCUCCACAUCUUUACAUCUGAGAGACUCAGUAUCUCCUUCCCCUUUUUAUUCCGGGUCAUGUUUCGACCAGGAUUAUUUAAGCAUUACACAUCAGCGUGGUGUUGUCGCUGUCCCAACUGUUUUCAAACAUGUUUGCUGGCAUCAAAUUUAAGAUUGUUAUAAUUUUCACCAAAUAUCAUUUUAAUGAUUUGAAAUGUUGUUUUGCUCAAAAUUUCACAAAAAAAAAAUUUAUUCCCUUUUGAUAACAUUACACACAGUGGAUCCAAAGCCAGACUAAAAAAUGUUUGAUGCUUUUUCAGACAGUGUUUUCUAUAGUACAAGUCUAUAUGGAGUAAGGAAGUAAUGCUGUGAACAAGUACAUGAGCACAUGGAAAAUCACGUUUGAACUGUGCAUUCAGUUGACUAAGAAAAGUUAAGCACAUGACAUUGUGACGUAUAAUUACAUGUCAGUUGAUAACUAUCCUUUGUUUUUAGCAAAGAAGGACCUUAAAAUAGGUUCAUUAUUAUUGAAAAUGCAAGCCUGGUCUUUCCAGAAAUUACGUAGAUGGAGUUAGAGAACCAAGAAUAAGCUUGAGAGAGAGAAAAAGAAAAUAAAAACACCAAAGAAACUUCAAUUCAAAAAGAAAUUUAAGGAUCAGAUCAGGAUUUAUCCAAAUUGAUGGUCUCAAGUUAAGUCAGGUUUCAAGCACACUAUACUUUACACAACCAAGAAUGCAGUUAAAAGCCUACUGUUUGUAUUUUUUUACUGUCACUGCCUGAUAAAUCAAAAUCCUCUCUUUUCAUCUUUCCAUCAGUUUUAUCCACAAUGCUGGUUACCUGGUCCCUGCCCCACUGCACACUCUUUCUGUUAGUGUUAAUAGAGCCAGCUCUUGCUCAGUAUGAACACCUCGGCUACCCACCGAACUACAAUGAGCAAGAUCAUGAACAGUACACUGCUCCACAGCUGUCACCAGACACGCCAAGGAUCCAGCUCCGAUUAGCAGGAGACAAGAGGAAACACAAUGAGGGCCGUGUUGAAGUUUUCUACAAUAACCAGUGGGGCACCGUUUGUGACGAUGACUUCACGAUCCACGCAGCUCAGGUUGUGUGCAGGGAGCUGGGAUACGUAGAAGCCGUCUCAUGGUCACCAUCCUCAAAGUAUGGAAAAGGGCAAGGUAAGAAAUGGCUUUAGAAGCAAUACUUGUGUCUUGAGUAGAAAAAUGUUGAAUACAAUUAUGUCUUGAUUAGUAAAGGGAUCAUACUGAUGAAUUUCUCUUUUUUUCAUCAGGACCCAUCUGGUUUGAUAAUCUCCACUGUACUGGUAAAGAAAGGACUUUGGCACUUUGCCCUUCUAAUGGGAUCGGUGUUUCUGACUGCAAACACAGUGAAGAUGUGGGCGUUGUUUGCAGUGACAAGAGGAUUCCAGGAUUUAAAUUCAUCAACACACUGCCCAAUCAUGUAGAGGUAAACAUACUCUAUCUGAUUAACCAAAGCACUAUUUAGCUCAAUGGUUCCCCCAUGUAUGAUACUCAUCUGAUUAUCUCUAUGAAAAUAUACAUGAAUUUGUCUUUGCUCCAAAUGAGGCUGAGGCGGUACCCUCUUUUCCAUGUGCACACACAAUGAUUAUUAAAGGGAUAUUCCGGUGUAAAAUUAAAUUAGGGUCAAACACACCGUAACACCAAGUUAGACACCCCAUCGAGAGAUGACUGUUGCCGACAGCUUGCUUCUCUUGUUAUACCAACUUAAAUAACAACCACACGAUAGCAAUACACAGCAGUCUGAGGAGCCAUAAACAAACCUCAGCCAAAACGCCACUCUAUAGCCACAAAUAAUGUUCAGAACAGCACCUAACUUCAUCAACAGUACAUGUAGGGUCCCAGCCACAGCACUAGCCACCAAACAUCUUUUUAACUUUGUCUAAUUUCUUUAGCAAAGAGACUAAACAUAACUCACCUACUCUCUUCAAGCAGCAUUUUGUUUGUAGCGAGACCUCGGACUAGUCCAUUACUGACUGCAGUGGGGUGCCGCAGCUCAAGAAAGAAUAUUUAUGAUCAUUUCUUCAUGGAAAUGCAAUCAGACCGAGACGCUAAGGCAGAAGAACUACCGUGUCUGCAGAGCAAAAUGAUUAAUAUGGUGAUUAUUACUUCAAGGAAAUGAAAAAGAAAUCAUGAUAAAUGUUCUUCCUUGAGCUGUGUCACCCUGCAGCAGUCCGUAAUGCGCUGACCUGAGGUCUUGCUACAAACAAGCGGCUGCUGGAAGAGAGUAGCCGAGUUGUGUUUAGUCUCUUUGCUAAAGAAAUUAGGCAAAGCUGAAAAGAUGUCUGGUGGCCAGUGCUAUGGCUGGGACCCUUUAUGUACUGUUGAUGAAGUUAGAUGCUGUUCUAAGCAUUAUUUGUGGUUACAGAGUGGCGUUUUGGUUGAGGUGUACGCGUGGAGACGUAGACAGCUGUGUAUUGCGGUCUUUACUUAAGUUGGUAUAACUAGAGAAGCAAGCUUUCAGCAACAUUCAUCAUUCGAGGGGGUGUCUAACCAUAAGGUUAGCGACAAGAAAAAAUUAAAAAUGUAAAAUGAAUAAAAUCAGAUUAAGUCCACAGUACUGUAGGAAACUACAUGAGCAAGUAGUUCAUCAUUUUCAGAAAAGUGUUUCUUCGCACUAAGACGUGUCCCAAAAAUCUGCUUUUCCAUCUCUGUCGUCCUUUAAUGUUCCUUUAAUUUCUUAGUAGGUGACUAGUCCCAUUUCAUCUAGUUUAUGAUUGGCUGGCUGAGGCAACAACUCUGGCACCUCUUAAACAGUACAGGCAAAAAUCCAGGGCAGCCAAUGAUACUAAGCAAGUGUCCUAAACAAGUUUCUCACACACUGAGCUCUUCAAAAAACUAAACAGACUUACAUGGCACACAAUCAAACUGCAGAUGGCAGGCUAACAAACACAUCACAUCACAGUUUCUUGGAACUGAUUUUUUUGGGUCUAGCCGCAGUCUUCAGGCCCUCGGGCAGCAUUGCAUUAAAAACAGACAUGACUCUCUUGUGGACUGUUUGGCUGUAUGUGCUCAAGAUCCAUUGUCUGGGAACACAGUUUAUUGCUGCAUCUGCAGAUGAAGAUAAACCAUUCCAUGCAAAGUGAAAACCAUAGAAAACCUGAGGCAAAGUGGAAUAGGAAAUCACUGACAGUGCAUAAUCCGCUUUAAAGAGGCGAGUGAUCACCCAGCCGGGUACGAAAACCAGUAUCCUUGUCAAGCUUUUAUAUGAUCACAUUAUUUAAGCUUCAUCAAACCAAGAAAACAACACAGACUGAGAUAUCCUGAAUAUUUGUACCAAGGUCAGAUCCCAUGACCUUUCAAACUUACAUUCUUCCAUAAUUCAACAUGAUGGCAUCUCAUGUUUUCAAACUUCACACACCCCAGCAUGCAGGCUUGAAGCUAGCAGCUAAAGUCAAGAUGUUCAUGAUGAUAUCACCAAAGUAUUUCUGUUCGACUUGACAGCCCUGCUUAUGAGUCACAGAUGGGAAGUUGUUUUCACAGGCUCCUAAUUCCCCUUCAAUAAUAAAUAUGUCCUGUUUUCUAGCUGGCUACAGCCCUGGACACUACAAGUAAAGAAGUCAACUUGGCACAUGAUAACAGUCCUUCCUUGGGAGUGUGUUGUUUAAGUGUCAGCAAAAGCGAAGUUAACUGCUUAUUGUUAUUAGGAACUGUAAAUAUUUAGGUUAGACCAUUAAAAGCGUCCAUUUCUGGGUCUGCUGAUAAGCUCCAAGCCAAUUAUCAUCAAAAGCAAAAUGCUGUCGUCCUACUCACAGCGGAGGCCUCAAGAACCCACAUUCCAAUGUUAUGAGCAAACGCAGACCAGAGCUAACUUACUAUCUCUCUGAUCCACUCCAGUGCUUCUUUGUCAAGCUUAGAAAGGAUUUAAGGGGGGAAAUGGGAAAGAUCACAAGAGAUUUUCUUUACAAAAUGAAAAGAACAUAGUCUCCAGGUAUUUUGGGCUGUCAUGCUUAGUUUGGAUUUUGAAAUACUGCAGAAUUUGUCAAAGUGGUCAAAAUCAAUGUUUAUUUUCGUAGUAUGAUUAAGUCAAACAGUCUGGCAGUGGCUCUUUUCAUAUUGAGAUUCUGCAGCACUGCUGAAUUGCAUUCUUAGAACUAACAAAAUCUAGCUGAGCAAUUUAACUGUUGUUAGAAAGCACAGGUUAUGAUUCAUUAGAGCAUGGCAUGAAAUGUCUGCAAGUCCUUUGUUGCACCCAGGAAGUCCUAAUUACCAAGUCCUUUUCUGUGUAUGUGACCUUAAAUGGAUAUUCCAGCGUAAAAUUAAGUUAGAGUCCAACACACCGAGUUAGACACCCCCUCGAGAGAUGAAUGUUGCUGACUGCUUGCUUCUCUAGUUAUACCAACUUUAGUAAUAACCACACGAUAGCAAUACAGAGAGCCACGCGCUCAACCAAAACGCCACUCUAUUGCCACAAAUAAUGCUCAGAACAGCACCUAACUUCAUCAACAGUACAUAAAGGGUCCCAGCCACAGCACUAGCCACCAAACAUCUUUUUAACUUUGCCUAAUUUCUUUAGCAAAGAGACUAAACACAACUCACCUACUCUCUUCCAGCAGCCGCUUGUUUGUACAAAGACUUCCAGGCGAGUCCAUUGACUGCAGAGGGGGGGUGCGCAGCUCAAGGAAGAACAUUUAUGAUAAUUACUUUAUCGUUUCCUUAUUUGUGGCUAUAGAGUUGUGUUUUGGUUGAGCAUGUUGGACCGCUGUGUAUUGCUAUCUGCGGCCGUUACUAAAGAAGCAAACGGUCAGCAACGUUCAUCUCUCAACGCAGUGUCGCACUCGGUGUUACGGUGUGUUUGACCCCAACUUAAUUUUACGACAGAAUAUCCCUUUAACCCCCCAAAAAACAACUCAGGGUUAAAGAAGGGUGUAAAUUAGAAGUUAGGAAAAGACAGCUGUGGUCAUUGGUCAGGGCAGUUUCAUAUUUUAAGUAUGAAUGCAAUGUCAGGUCUGUUGUGAAGUUGAGCAUACAUUAUCUCCAUGCAGUUUCCUCCAGUUUUUCAGAGGUUAUCUCUUGGUGUCAAGAGGGGCUGUAAAGAUUCCCAUCGAGUAUUUUGGCCUGGCUUUUUUCCUCACAUCUUCUUUAAAGGGAUGGGAUUAUGCUUUUCCACAUUUACAACAAAAACUGAAAAGUUACAAUGUUUGGUGUCCAUACUAGAUGUAUGAUAAGUUUCAAGAGUCCAGCAGCUAAAUCAAAGCGUUCAGACUAAGGCUGAAUAAAGAGCUAUAAGAAAGGAAAUAUGAAGUCUGAAAAAGAUGCAUUAUAACUCCUAUAAUCUUUUCAGGUUUAGAAUUUGCCAAGUGGCUUCUCAGAUUAUUCUUAUUCCCUGAUGUGCAGAUCACUGCAGUCUGGCAGUGUUCUUUUUUCUGGGUUUGCUCGUCUCAUUUCUCAUUUCCAAACGUGAGAGAAUCAAAAUGCCCCCACACAUUAAGAUUUAAAAGCUGCCGGAGCAUCAAUAACUCCCUAACCAAUUUUCUUUUUCCCCUGUAAUCAAUGCUGAUGCAAGCUAUUUUUGAACUGAUGUAGUUUUGUAGAGUGCAAAGGCCACAAAUGACAGUGCUUUUGGGACAACCACAUUAUUUAUCAAGCUUGCAGGUCCGUUAAAGUUUAUUUAUUUACCUGCUGUGUACAAAUAGGAUUAGUUAAAAAAGCCUAAAAAAGCCUCUGCCAUCAGUGUGUGAAUGUGGUGUGAGAGAGCGAAUGUGACAUUUAUAAAGUCUCAAAGUGGUUGGUUGAUUUGUGGUUGAGACAUUCAUAUUCAUUUAGCUGGGAGGAAAUAAAAGCCAGGAUGAGUUCCUCUUAAACUUUGACCUUUGCAGAACUGACUGAUUCCUUCCAUUUGCUGCUCAAAAUCACAAGACCUAGUCAAAAACAGCACACAAGUUUUUCAUCUCUUUCUUUUCUUGAACGGGAUGUGUCACAAUUUCUUCUGAUUUAGUGUCUUUAUGUCGUCAAAAAAACAUUCACGUAUAGACACGGCUCAUUUAGUUGACUAUGAAGUGACAAAAACUCACCUCUUAGUAUGAAAUGAUUCUGGCUGCACUAUGAGCAGAUUCUUAUCCCCUUAAUCACUCCCAAGUGUCUUUAUUUCCCAUCUGUUUCAUUGUUACACAACAGGCUCUGUGUAUCAUUAGAUUUCAGUUUGUUAACAAAUGCUCAUGAACUUUAAAGGAGGAUUUGAUCUCCGACACACAACCCCAUGCAUACUAUAAACAUUAUCUUUAGUAUAUUUUUCUUCAUCUGUGUAGCAGCUAGUGGAAUAAUCUCCAAAGAAAGACAAGGCAACAGGGAAAUUUGACAGAAUUUCACAUGUUGAUAUAACUUGUGUGAAAAUGACUACAGGCAUACUGAAAAUACUUAAAAAGCAUGAUGCAAAUGAAAUCAGUGUCAAAGUAUGCUACUGUACAUGUGAGGUGAUUUCUACUGGUAGAGAGAUUUGGUUAAGAAGACCUCUAUUGGAAACACAUGUUCCAGGCUUCCUGCUCUCUCCCUGUAGACCGAAGUUUUGGAUGACGAAAAUAAAACCUUGUUGUUUAACUCUACCUCCAGCAGUCACAGAUGAGUGUUAGGGAUCAUUUUAAACAAUAUAGUGUCUUUAGUCUCACUUUUUAAGGUCACUGUAACAGAUGUAUUGUCCUAAUGACCUCAACACUAAACAUACCUCUUAACCAGAGCAGUGAAAUAACACUGAAGACUGUCUGCUGUCCAGUUCUGUAGUUGUCUAAAAGAGUGCGGGGAACUUGAAAUAUUCCACCGCACGGCUUUUUCUUUAGUGACCAAAGAAAGGACCGAAACUUGUGAAACCUGAACCUUAAAGACCCACUCCAAUGAAAAAUCAUGUUUUUCUCGUUGUCUACAUGUUUCAUAUGGCAUUUUUCUGAUGCUACAGGACAUAUCAUGAAAAAAGUAAAUGCCAAAUUGCAUUUCUGAGUAUAUCUGCAUUCAAAUUGCUGUGAACCUCUGGCAGACCAAGCAGCAGGUUCAGACACAGUGAGAUUGCCUACGUCACACCUGCUAUGCAGGCCAGACUCGGAGAAGUAGAGAGGACAAUCGCAGAGCAAACAUGUGCGUUAGCAGAAUGUAAUGCUCGUAAGAAAGCUAAUUAUGAUAUUAACUUUCAUCAUGUCUAUGCCUAUGUUACCUGCCACUUCUACUAUACUGGCAAUGUUAGGCUGCAAAAAUUGGGAAAAUUGCAAAUGCUAAAUUGCUAAACUUAAUAAUCAUGAUUAAAAGACCACUGAUGACACUAUAAAUAGUUAAAAAAAAAAAAAACAAAUGGAGAGGGACUUUAAGUCUUUCACAGUCUCCCUUUUUAGGGAAACUUGUAGUUAAAAAAAUAGACCUGCCUUAUUUGGUUGAAUAUUCAGUGCUGUAGUAGACUUAGUAAAACUACUUCUGUUUUAUGUGAGACCAGUUUAAAGGAGAUUAAAAAAGAUUAUUUAAGUGUAAAGUGUUAUGCUUUGCAGCACAAGCGUCAUUGUGAUUUCCCAUCUUGUCAAUUUUAUGCCCAUCUCCCAUGUUGUGCAAAUAACAAGAAAACUUGGUCGUAAGAUGAGGGGUUCUCAGCUACGAAGAUGACUUAAUAUCUUGAGGAAGCAAGAUCAUCUGCACCUUACACUAAGACGGCUUAGUUAUAACAAAAAUCAUAAUCAUGAUAUUCGAUUGAUACUCAUCAUCCCAUCAUUGAACACGAUCACUAAUGAGCUAAAGGAGCUAAAACAUUGAUUGACUGGACAGCUGUGUAUUGUCAGACUGUGUCCUCUACAUGUGCUUUACUUUACCACUGACAGGCUCAGAUAGUCGAUCACUCCAAGCGGCAUGCACGGAAAAAAGCGUGCAUUCUGGCUGUCUACCACAUUCUGGUUGUCUGUGAUAUUAACACUGGCCACAGCUUCUGUCUUACUAGAUUAUUGCAUUACUCAUCUUUGUAGCUUUCAGUGCCAUGGAAAGUUCCUUAGAUGUCAGAGUUUCCUUCUGGGAAAUAUUGCUUUGUCCUUUUUGGCACACCUACCUGAGUUUCACUGCAGGUCCUGUCAGUGAUGAUCAGCUGGGCUUUGUAAGCAGCAGCUGCUAGCAAGAUUGACGGAUGCAUAUACAGAUGAAUCAGUACUGAGCAUUGAGUGAGGGUGUGUUGGAGAUGAUUUUAAUUGGCUGAAACAGCAGCAGCCCUGUUGGCAAUGUGCCAUGAAAGGUAUGUUGUUGUUUUUUCUUCUUCUUCAUUUUUUCUUCCUUAUUUUAUUAUUAUUAUUUUUUGUUUGUUUAAGAGCAAAUAACUUGAAUAUAGCAGUGUGCAAAUGGAGGAACUGGGACUUAUGGCAAAAAAGUAGCUUUUAUAUUCAUUUCUACCUCAGAGUUGUCUCAGUGAAUCAUUGCUGGCCUUUAACCGAUGGAGGCCCCUUCGCUUCUUCUGAACAAAAUAUUCUAAUUUAAUGACUUUUCCAGAUGUACCACUUUUCUCUGGGACAAGCAGAGGCUCAGGAAAGGCUCCAUGUCAACAUGAAGUGUGCUGAAGACAUGUGCUUCUUGUCUGCUGUGAAAUUACCAUAGAAAGUGUAAAGAUGACUUUUUGAGAGCUGGAUUACAUUGAAAUUUAAAACAUUACAAAUAUGUGUUGACCAGUGCACACAGUAAAAACUGAGGCUAAUCUGACAUCUGCUCUUUUUUCUGCAGCAGACAUAAAAGGAUUAUGUGGCAUGAAAAACUUACAGUUCCUAAAGUGUCCAGUUGGCGCAGCAGGAUGUCCUAUCGACUCCCGAGUUAAAAUACUAAUUUUUACCGCAAAACUGAACAUGUUUACAGCCUGGUUCAAAACAACAGACGGCAUCACAUCACCCCUCUUUUAGCAUCUUUACAUUGGCUUCCAGUUACUUUUAGAAUUGAUUUUAAGGUUUUACUUAUACUUUUAAAGCACUAAAAGGGUCUGGCUCCAAGCUAUGCAACAGAACUUUUAACCCCCUAUAAGCCAGCCCACACCCUGAGAUCCUCAGGUGGGGGCUAGUCGUUCCAUAUUCGAGACUUUUAUGACAUUUUGAAAUGCUGCAGUCAGAUAACGUUCAAUACUGAGAUCAUCAUAAAUGGAAAUAUCAAAAAAAUCUCUUUUGUGUAAUGUGAUGGUAAAGAUCUUUAAAGAAAUUAAAACUUAUUUUAGGGAUUGUGUCCAAGUAGCAUGAGGCCUUCAAGACCUGUACUCAAAGUCUGUGCUGGGUGGUUCAGAUAAUUGUGUCCCUCAUGUUCGUUCACACAUUUGUCUCUUUUCUUCACGAUCCCAUCCUUAUCCAUUUUGACCCAGUGCAGCUCUCUGAUCUUUUCUGCUUUAAAGCCAUACAUCAAUAUUAACUGAGGUUAAAAGGUGAUGUACUGGGAAUGUGUUCAAGCUUUCCAGCGCUGUACAUAAAGCUGAAUACUUCAGUCUGAACUAAUGCAUAUUAUGUAACACAGGAAAUGCCGGGGAGCCACUUGUUCACAUCACAUCUGAUUGGGAUUGUACGCACUUGUGUGAAACUCAUGUACUGUAAUAAAUAUGGACAUCGUACAAACAUAUGGUGUCGUUUUCAUAACAAGCUAUGAGUAAGAUAAACAGAAAGAGCUGGCAGCUAAAACAAAAUUAGUUUUUUUGUUAUAACUUGCGUCGUGGAGGUAGUAACAUGUAUUUCUCUCUUUUUUUAUCCACAGAGCCUUGAUAUUCAAGUUGAAGAUGUGCGCAUAAGAGCCAUUUUGUCAUCGUACCGAAAGCGAAUCCCUGUUACAGAGGGCUAUGUGGAGGUGAAGGAUGGCGGUAAAUGGAAGCAGAUCUGUAACACAGACUGGACGCAGCUCAGCAGUAGAGUUAUCUGUGGAAUGUUUGGCUUCCCUGGGGAAAGGAAGUACAAUGCAAGAGUCUACAAGUGAGUAUUACUAUGUUUUCCUCUACGUGUGGUCCAGAAUAAUUUACAGAGUUGAGAAUGACAAUUUGAUGAAGUUUUUCGAGUCUCGGAGAGCCACUUUACAACAGCUUUCUGCCUCAUGCUUCUGAAAGAAAUUUGGGGUUUGCUAUUGAGAGAAUUAAACUUGUGGUGCUCUGAAAAGACUCUUCGAUUUAAAACAAGUUACCAGCAGAGGGGAGUAACGCAAGUCUUGGUGAAAUGGUCACAAACAGUGGGUCCAUGAGCUAAGGCUAAUGUACCUGCAUAGUCUGUCUGCACAUCAUAAAUAUAACCAUCACCUCUAAUGAGCUGUAAUAGCAUAACAAUAGCUAGCAGAUUAGCAAAAACACAAGGUCCAAUAAAAAACUUAACUGAUGUAUUUUGGAGAAGUAAAUUACUCUGCAGAGCACAGUAGGCCUCACAUGACCUCACCUCACUCCAACUUAUAUCAGAUGGAAACAAUAACAACACACUGGUAAGAUGCUGAAUGAGAUUUAUCUCCCUUGGGAACAUUUUGGCUCUUACCAAAACGAACAUAAAUGAAAAUGUACAUAACAGCUGUAUCUAUAUAUCUUUUUAACUCCUAAGUUUCUUCAUUCUUUAAUUUCUCUUCUGUAUUUAUCACUGCUGUAAAUUGUGGAAUUUUCCCUUGUGGGACAAAUAAAGAAUAUUUUACCUUAUUUUGUCUUGUGAAAAAGGACCAGCUGAUCUAAAUGAGUCAAUGUGUAAAAUUUUCACUAAAAAUAAGUUUUUGGAUCCCGCAUAACCUAAUUUUAUCUGAGCAGAUAUACACGACUUACAUGAUUUAAUACUCUCUUUUUGUGGACACUUUUUCCAACUCAGGGAUGUUUUUUAGAAAGUCGGUCUUAUCAUGAAACAGUCUUUUUUUUUUUUACAUUAUAAGCUGGGGUACAAUUAAAACAGAGACACCAGCUGAGCAGUGCUGCCAAUGUUAAACAUUUUUGUAAAAAGAAAAAAAGAUGCAGAAACUCAAAUGCAAAGACUGUGCAUUAACUUCCUCCUCAAAAAUGCCAUCCAUGGUUGUCAUUGGUCUGAUUUACAUUAUUUACCCUGAAGUUCAGGCCCUGGUGGAAACACAGACAACAAAGGGCCACAGGAACCUGUUAGUUCCUCAAAGAGAAGUCCCUGGAACUAAAAGCUACAGGUGCUUUUUGUUGAGAAGCACCUCCAUUUCUAAAAUUUAAACAAGGGGUUGGGGUAUUACUUCUGGAUACUUUGUCAUUGAACCACCCGGAAUCCCCACAGGGUGAACUGUGUGUUGUGGAUUUUAUUUAAAGUGAUGCAAGACUUAAGGAGGUCAGCCCAGAACACCCCCAAAGUUUAGUGAAACUUAAAAACCUAAUCAAAAAAAUAUCGACCAUACCGGCUCUAAUUUUGAAAAUUAAUUGUCAACUCAUCAAUCUGCAAAAACACAAACACAUGAUCUCAGCUCCCUCUGUGUACGUGUGAGAGAAAGAGAGAGAGGCAAAGGCAAAGACAGAGACGACAGUGUCCUGAGAUGACACUGUUUUAUAUGUAUUUGUGUUGGAAAGUCCAGCCCAGACGAGGACAGCCUGAAUCCCUCACUGGAUGAAUUAUGAUGUGAUUUUAAGAAACAAAAAUGCUUUAAAGUAGCUCAACUGAAAAAAGUCACUUUUUCCCCUGAAUAUUUGCCCUCAUGUCUUUUAAAACUUAAAACAAUCAUUAACUUUCUUAGCAGCUGUUCAAAGACAAAGUCAUGCAUUAAUGUAAAAAAAUUACCUACAAGUUUCUAUUAUUUGAAUUGAUUGUUAUACAAAAAAAAAACAGGUUUAAUUCACAGCAAAGUUUACAACUAAUCUCUUCCUUGCAGUCACACAAGAGUGUUGAGUGUUUAGAUUUGCACUUAAAGGUUUGAUUGAACUCAUUAUUCAUCUACUGUAAUUCAGGAAUCAUCACCAAACUGAAGAUGAGAGUUGAAGAGAUGAAGAGAGAUUCAUGUCCUGUUUUCAGAUCACUUUAAACCAACAAAUCCCUGUGCAUUAAACAAGAACUUGUCUCGUGAUACAACUCGCCAAAAAUAUCAGGAAUCUAAAUCUUACUAAUAUGCAGAAAUUUGUUGCUAAAUGACCACAGCUAUUCCUUAAACUUUCAAGUAUUUAAAUUGACCUCGUAUUGACUGUCAGUACUUGAGCAAGACGUUUUCUCCGUGAUAGAAACCCCAGCAGUGCAUGAUGGUGUCAUAACUCUCCGUCCACGUGCCCGCCUACUCCAGCUUCAGCCCAGUGAAACGUGCAGUUAUGCAGGCUGUCAAUUCGGAGCCAAAAAGUACAGCUGUCUUAUAAUCCUCGGUUUGCUCCUGUGCUGGUUCUUCCCUGCUGCGUUUAGUUAAGCUUCAUGUGGAGUCACUGCAAGAGUAUUAGAUUUUUUUAAUCUUUAUGUGAAACAAACACAUUCAUGGUUGUCUUUCAUGAGUGUGCAGAAGACUUUUUCAAUGCAGUUUUUUCUUUCAUACAACAAGAUUUAACUUUUCGCAGUGUUUGAAUCUCCUUAAAGUAAAUGAGAAAAAGUUACAAGAAAGAAGAUCAUGCAGUGAAUCUGAUGAUGAAAGUUGUGGAAAUUAUUGUAAAUGUAUUAUUGUACUGUAAAAUACUCUCAUUUAAGGGCCACAACUAAUAGAAAACUUUGUCAACAGUUCAAAUGUUGUUAGGCAAGUUGGAUAACUUUGAUUUAUUUGUGCUUUUUGGUACAUUACAAGUUGUAUAACCAUCACCAUCACUGUUGUCAUUGUUGUCUCGUACAUUACAUGAUUAUUCUACCCUGCCAACGUGGUUGUAAAAAGAGAAAAAAAUACACUUAGAAAUAGAUAACCAGUUACAUGAAUAUCCAUUUCCUCUCCAUCUGUCCAGGAUGUACGCUCGUCGAAGGAAACCCUCAUACUGGGACUAUGCUGUGAACUGCACUGGCAAUGAAGCCCAUUUGUCGAGCUGCAAACUCGGUCAGACUAAACCACUGAAGUCCAAUGAGUCCUGUGCUGGAGGGCUGCCUGUGGUGGUGAGCUGUGUGCCCGGCAGGGUCUUUGCUCCAACAACAAUGACAGGAUUCAGGAAGGCCUUUCGGCAGGAGGUGAGCUGUAAUGACAAUCUUUGUUUGUACUACUGUUAGUGGACAGUUUUUAAACAUUAAUCCAACCGAAAUGACACUAACUUUUAUUUUAGCAACAGUAAUAUGUCUGUUGUUGUUUUCUAUUAAUGCACUAACAUUCUCAAAGUUAUUAUACUCCAACAACUCUAGUACUAAAAGGGUUGGAUACUGUGUAAAGUGUUAAUAAAAACAGAGUUUAAUGGUUUGAAAUGAAUUUCCUAAAGUAAGUGUUGUGUCCCUGAAGUCAAAAAGUGAUUCAGAAAAUACCUGCACCAGUCCAGCUCAGCUCUCUGGCUCCUAUGUAGGAAAAAAGGGAGAAAAAUGUUGAACGUGUCAACUGCCAGUCUUGCUGGAAAUGUCUUAGCACAACAAGUUUUUUGUUUUGUGGCCCUAAAGAUGACAAGGUCAGACUCAGAGGGAACUGAGUAAAUAUUGGGCAAGUCCCUCUUUUUAUUUUUGGAAGUAGGGCAGACUUUAAAUUAGACUUCUUAGACCCUGAAUUAUUUGUUGUUAAUAGAAGUUUUACCUUUUACCGUUUUAGUGUAGUGACUCUCAACAAGGCUACUCUCAGUCAGUGGUUUUCUUCUGCGUAUUAUUAACUCUGAUCAAGUUUUUGUCGGCGUGUUACAUCUGUUUUGGAUUCAAGCACACGGCCCUAAAUGUUUUGAAUUCAUCACCCCUAGGAUUUAGUUUAAAGCACAAUGAGUUUUUGAGCCAGAAUUCACAUGGAUAAGUAUCAAUGGGAUUCUCCAACACACUUAGCAAGUUAGCUUGAUUCAGAAUGAUGUAUAUGAGUUUUCCAGGACAAAGCCAGCAGAGCCUGUGUUAUAAUCGUAAAUGAUAACUGGUGCAAAAGUAGGCUACAUAGGCUUCGACCUAGACAUACAUAUUCAUUACAUGGUAUUCUUAUUUAUUCUAGAUUACAUUUGACUUGCUUAAUAAUGAUAGUCCACAUUUACAUAAUUAAUUUGGCGUAUUUUCUACUCAUUUGCCUAGGAGUGGCAAUCAAGGGUAAUUGUCAGCAGCUGAUCCUGAUCUUAAUUUGUUUUUUGUUUUUUGUUUUUUUUUAGUCUAGAGUGCAAAAGCUUUAGGAUACUCAAACUAUACAGUAUAUUUUGGGUCAUUUCAUUAAUUUAACCACAAUGAGGUAGAUGUAUUUAUAGAUGUCAUUCAGAGCCUAAAAUCGAGAUGGCCAGGUUUUGACUCAGUAGAUGUUAAUAUUAGCAAGCCAGCUCAAACUGUGCUUCUGGUGUGUUUAUUUCACAGUUCCAAGUUGGUCUAAACAGAAUAUGUGAGAACUGCAUGAAUAGUUUACUCCAAGCCUCUUCCCACAGAAGUUGAGGUGCUUCAUUAACUUAAACAUGUGGUUUUCGUUUGAAAAGAAUAACCUUUGUAGUUUCUGCUGUUUCCCCUUUUUCUCAGCAACCUCUGGUUCGACUUCGUGGUGGAACCAUUGUAGGGGAAGGUCGAGUGGAGGUAUUGAAAAGUGGCGAGUGGGGCACAAUAUGUGAUGACAACUGGAACCUGCUGACGGCCACCGUGGUGUGCCGCGAGUUGGGCUUUGGUACGGCGAUUGAAGCCAUCUCUGGAGGUCGCUUUGGACAAGGUGGGUUGGAUACACAGUCCAUUCAAGUAAAGUGACUACAUUUGUGUUUAAAAGCCCAGUUUCUUUUACUUUACAUUGACACGCUCCUGUGAUGCAUAAUAUUUACAUUUUUACCAUUAAAAACUUCUACCUGUACAAAUUAUUUCACUCAUGACAACCACCCCCCUUAUCUUCCUCCUACUAGCACAUUUCCAACAGCCACUUACACAUGCCAGAGCCGCUCAUAUCUAUAUUUGAGUAGCUCAUUUUCUGCAGUUUGCAGAAAAGCAGUUCAGCCUUUUUCUCUCUUAAUUUCUAGCUUGUGAGACAGAUGUGAGGUGUUUUGCUCAUGCCGGUUGCCUGAAUGCCCUGAUCUGUUUACAUGAUUGAUGCCCAAUGUAGGAUUUUUGCUGAUACCUGAUACUCUGUUAUUCACAAACUCAUUUUGGCUCAUACCAAUAUUGAAAAAGAUAUGUACACAGAUGUUUAUAAUGAAAAACAUAGGUCUGCAACAAUUCAAAAUACUUCAAUACAGUUGACAUGUUGGCCAAGCUUUUAUCACGUGCGCACUGUUGAUGCAUUAACUUUUGAGCUGGUAAUUGUCUUGGUGGAAUUUUCAUGUCUGCAAAAACUGUGGAUUGACUUUUCAAGCUAACGAAGCAGAUAUUUUGUCCGUAAAGAUAUGCAUACCUUUCUUACGUAGAGAGAAGCCACUCUGCACACGCUUCUGUUUGACACUCAAAUUACUGUUUGAUUUAUAAUGAUAUAUUUGCUUUUACUGCAUUAUGUGUCAAAAAGUGAGGGGAAGGCCCAUUAGACGACCAGCUUGUUGUCAUUAACUUAGUUUUUCUACAGGAGGUUUUCACUCCGAGUGGUUUCACUUUAUAGUCUCCACUCAGCAGUUUCUGCCCAGACAGCCCCAGAAGGCUGUUUCACCAGCUGCAUGGAAACUUUUACAGCAUGACCACCCCUUCAACUACUGUGUGUCACUCACCUGUUCCUGUAUUUAUUGCACACUCAGCAUACCUCAAAUUUGUGUUAUAAGGGUUUUUUUCUUCUUGAACCCUUGUUCACGUGUUUUUAGCUUCCGCGAUGGAAAAAUAACAUUUUUGUUUAAGAAUGUACCAAUAAUUACAAAGAGGACCACACAGGGUGGUAACUUAUAAUCUGAGGUUUAGACCUUUUUAUAAACAGGGACAGUCUGUGUUUGACUGGAUAUCCCAGUAACAUUAGACUUAGACGUGUUAAAAUAGAGAGAAUGAUUAUCCAACCUGAUUUCUCACAAGUUAUUUACAGUUAUCUUUUAGAGGCCAGUAUUUUAAAUACUGAUAGCACACCCCCAACAGAUUGUUGUGCUUUCAGUUACGUCUUACAUAAAUCAUGCAUCAGUUUAGUAAGAACUGUUCAAAUAUGGGCUUUGAAUUUCACCACGUGUCUAGGAGUGAUAAGGCUCCUGGUGUUGAAAGGCCUUUGUAAGCCAUGCUAGUCGUUUCUCUCUUCUUGUAGUCUUUGGGCUCUAUUUUCGUACCUCGUCGGCAGCAUGGCUUAAGUCAGGUCCGCCGCGCCAACAAGGCGUGCCCAAGCACACUUUGGUAUUUUGGUGAGCAGCGCAGCUCGGCGUAAGUAUCCCCCCUCCCUAACUCAGCUCCUCCCAGCGAUGUAAGUAGUAGAGAGGGAGGGGAUAAGGCGUGGAGUGGGUUUAACACAGCCGAAACCUGUUUUCACCAAUUACAUCAGCUCCUCUCCUCACCUUUAAAUCCGCCACCAGCGAGGCAUAUUACAGUUUUCGUGAAGUAGUCAAAGAGAUCAAGAGAUGGCUGAAGACAGCAAUGCCACACGAUAGACAGAGGGCAGCCCCUCAACAAGUGUCACUGUAAGCGCUGUGGAAGGUGUCCUGCACACUCUCUCAUAUCAGCACAGAUGGAUUUGGUGUGUGUAAGGUUGUACCCACUGGUAAGACAAACACCCUUUUCCACAAAUAAAGACAAUCACAUCAAGUUGCAUAUUUUUAAACCCCACAUGACCAGGUUUGAAUUGGCGAGCUUUUAGCGCACUUUCCACGCCGGCCGCGAGCACGAAAGUGUCACUGCGUCAGCUGACACUGUCGACACCUCCCCCUACCGCGCCACCACACCCAGCUUGGCACACCGUGGUGCGCCUCAGUCUAUGAAAAUACCAAACUGGCUGUGCACCGGGCUCUGCCAGACGAAAAUACCACUGAUCGGGGUGCGCCACCCUCUGCUGCGCUGCCGGCGGGCACAAAUUUAGAGCCCCCUAUGUUAAGCUGUACUGUUUCUACUCCAGUUGUAGCUUAAUAGUUACGAUACCUGGCUCACAUGGUCACAUGAAUCUUCUUGUCAAACUCUUUUCAAGGCAGCAAGGUCUACUUUCUAAAACGAUGAAACUGUCCCUCAUGUGUUUUUAGAUUUUGUUGCAUCAGAGCUUUGUUUUUAGAUGUAAUAGUGUUACCAAACUGUAACUGAAGAUACUGCAGCCUCAUAUGUCUGAAUAAAAGUAUUCACUUUUUCCCUCUUUUUGUUUCUGUUGAAAGUAGAUAAAGACAUCUCCCUUUUUAAUGUGUAUUUUACAGGUAUGGGCCCUGUGCACAUGAAUGAAGUGCAGUGCUCGGGUUUUGAAAAGUCCAUCACGGAUUGUUUCUUCAACAAGGAAUCCCUUGGUUGCAGUCAUGAGGAGGAUGCAGCCGUCAGAUGCCACGUGCCUGAGAUGGGCUUUCAGGAGUCGGUGAGUCUUAGAUUAGAUAAAAACAGUCAAGAAGUAAAGGCAGUGAGAGCUCUGACUGAGCAUUUCAUUAAGAUAAAUGAUGUUUGCUUGGUAAACUAAAAAACCUUACAUUUCUAUACAGCCAUAUGUAAUUAUUAAAAUGGAAAAAAACACAAGGCAAAUACUUGGGUCAGAAAAAAUUGUCGAAAAUGACAUUAUUCCACUUACACCAUAGUCUAAUAUAAUAACUCAAUAAAAUUUUCACCACCGUAACAUAAACUGUCCCAAAGUAUGUUUAUUCGUUUGUUGAUGUGUACCACCAUGAGGUUUUUUUAUAAUCCCAUUCACGCUCAUAGCCAGUAAGGCAGGUUGGGGUCAAGUGUCUAGCCUGAGGACAGUUUGGCAUGUGGACAGUUGUAAAACUGCCACUCAAGUUUAACAAAUUACAGUCUUUUGCCUCUGUUAUGGUGUUUUGCCUGUAGCUACGUCUGAGUGGAGGUCGGACCCCCUUUGAAGGCCGUGUGGAGGUGCUGAUGGAGAGGAACGGUUCUUUAAUAUGGGGGACAGUAUGCGGUGAAGGCUGGGGAAUGAUGGAGGCCAUGGUAGUGUGCAGGCAACUGGGAUUGGGCUUUGCCAGCAGUUCCUUCCAGGUACCAGUUUUAGCACAUCUAAGGAAAAAAUAGCCUUUUUUUUGUGUGUGUUUUAUUUGUUUUUUUUGUGAACUUAACAGUUUGUCGCAUUAUUACUAUUUUUUUUAUUUUUAUUAUUGUUUUUAUUAUUAUUAUUUAUUAUUUUUAUUAUGAUGAUCAUUUUUAUUUUUAUUAUUUUUAUUAUUAAUUGUUUAUUUUUUAAUUAUUAUCAUUAUUAUAUUUUUUUAUCAUCAUCGUUGUGGUCAGUAGGCAGGUUAUAUUUUCUGAUAUGAUUUUUCAAAUAUAAUUUCUUGUGUAUUUUACAUGGUGGUGGAUGGAAGACUUGUUAUAGAGUAUUAAAUGUGAGUUAAUUAAUGAUUUUGAAGCUUUAUUAAACACCCAUGCUUUGCUGUAACUUGCACAGUCCUUUACGUAGUAUAUUCAUUGUCUGCUAUUUAAAUAUGGGCUGAUUUCCAUAUCAACUCAUGAAGUAAUGGAAAGGUUGCAGCUCUAUAGUUAACAGCAAGUGGAUCACCUUUGUAUCAGCUGUGAAUUUGGGGUGUUCUUCUCCAAACAGGAGACAUGGUAUUGGCCAGGAAGAGUGAAUGCUGACACGGUGGUGAUGAGUGGAGUUCGUUGUUCUGGCACUGAGAUGUCGCUGUCUCACUGCCUACACCAUGGAGCCCACCUCAGCUGCCGUAAAGGAGGCGGAGGCAAUGCUGCCGGGGUGUCCUGUUCUGAGAGUAAGAUACCGUUUUUAUUAUACUUGGUGAAUAAGUGAUCAAGACCAAGGCAAUGUAAUAAUUGAUUAAGUGAAAACAGUCAUUGAAAUUCACGGUUAAAUUACUCUUUGACAAUAACCUUUUCAGUCAAAUCUGUGUAUUCAAGAGUUAAACAGAUCUUAGGGUUUUCAGCCAGUCGAAGAGCCCUGGCUCAGUGAAAAGCUUUCAUAACUGAAACUCUGGGAUGUCUCUUGAAUCUCAAGAUCGCUCUGAGCCUGUAACAGUAACCCAUCAUUUACUUGACCUAUGCAAGAGCUUUUUUUGGUGUUGUUGGCAAACAUGAGAGACGUUUUGAAAUACCUAAAUAGGCUUUGUCUCCGUCUGCUCUCCUGUGGUUUCUUUCCUAUGAUCGACCUGUCUACAGCCGCCCCUGACCUGGUGUUGAACCCGCAGGUGGUGGAGCAGACCACCUACAUGGAGGACAGGCCCAUGUUCAUGUUGCAGUGUGCAUACGAGGAGAACUGUCUGUCCUCGACUUCCAGCCAGGCGCCAGCCAACUCAUACCGCCGCCUGUUGCGCUUUUCCUCUCAGAUCCACAACAAUGGUCAUUCUGAUUUCCGGCCCAAAGCGAGCAGAGAGUCUUGGGUGUGGCACGACUGUCACAGGUACAUGAGGAAAAACUCCUCUGGCUUUAUCACUGAUGAAACUUGAAUGUAGUUUCAUAAUAUUGUUAGUGUAAAUCUAAAAUAAAAUCCAGAUUGGCGUUUAAAGGGAUGUUCCGGCGUAAAAUUAAUUUAGGGUCAAACACAAUGUACCACCAAUUUAGACACCCCCUUGAGUGAUGAUUGUUGCCGACUGCUUGCUUCUCUAGUUAUACAAACUUCAGUAAUGACCACAGGAUAGCAAUACACAGCGGUCUAAGGAGUCACCAAAAAGCCACUCUGUAGCCACAAAUAAUGCUCAGAACAUCACCUACCUUCAUCAACAGUACAUUUAGGGUCUCAGCCACAGCACUAGCCACCAAACAUCUUUUUAACUUUGCCUAAUUUCUUAGGCAAAGAGACGAAACACAACUCACCUACUCUCUUCCAGCAGCCGCUUGUUUCUGGCGAGACCUCGGGCCAGUCCAUUACGGACUACAGCGGGGUAACACAGCUCAAGGAAGAACAUUUAUGAUCAUUUCUUCAUGGAAAUACAAUCAGACCAAGAUGCUUAGGCAGAUGACUUCCGUGUCUGCAGGGCAAAAUUAUUAAUAUGGUGAUUAUUACUUCAAGAAAACGAUAAAGAAAUUAUCAUAAAUGUUCUUCCUUGAGCUGCGUCACCCCGCUGCAGUCUGUAAUGGACUGGCCUGAGGUCUCGCUACAAACAAGUGGCUGCUGGAGGAGAGUAGGUGAGCAACAUUCAUCUCUUGAGGGGGUGUCUAACUCGGUGUUACAGUGUGCUUGACCCUAAAUUAAUUUUACGCCAGAACAUCCCUUUAAGAAGGAAACUUUCGUCGUGUGUUCCAGUAAAGAACUUCAAAAGAGUAUUAAAGUGCGUAUGUGCCUUGUAGUUAUGGUUGUAGACAGCUGUUAUCAGUCUAAACAUGAAUACAAACAAGAAAAACAACCUUUGCAGUCAGUUCACAGAAAACUCUCUGAGAGAUUUUAAAGGGUUGAAUAUGAAUUGUUUUUCAUAAUUUACAUUUCAAUCAAUCAAUCAAUCUGUUGAUCAAUUUCAUAAUUUAUGUUUCGGAUUAGACCUUUUACAGGAGGAAACAACGUCUCAGCCUGAAACAUGUCUAGUUUCUGGAGACGUUGUUUUUCUUUCCAGAGGUUCUGCUGCCCUGUAAUUUAAUGUUAGCUCAGGCUUUUAGACCACAUUUUUGUGGUUCUGUGCCGGCUGGAGGGAACAGUGCACUUUUGGUAGCUUCAUAAAGCUGCUUUCUAGCUGUACGAAGGCGAUGAGUCAAACCUUUUGCCACCUCUGGCAUCAACUUGAGAUUUUUGUGCAGCCUGAACACAAUCCUUUGUUUGUUUGUGUGUGUGUGUGUGUGUGUGUAGGCAUUACCAUAGCAUGGAGGUGUUCACUCUCUAUGACCUGUUCAGCCUCAAUGGGACUAAAGUGGCAGAAGGACACAAAGCAAGUUUUUGCCUGGAAGACUCGGAGUGUGACGAAGGUGAGACCAGCACUGUGAUAAAGUCAAAGUGAUCCCUUGUACUGAUAGAUAUGUCUGAUCACAAGGAAACAAAAGGCAUGAUGAGACAUUUGAAUUCAGCUUAAACAUUUUAUGAAUAUUUUACAGACUUUUUCCUCGUUUCUUUAUUUGUAUUUCAGGAAUUGAAAAGAAGUAUGAAUGUGCCAACUUUGGAGAGCAGGGUAUUACUGUGGGCUGCUGGGAUACUUACAGGCAUGACAUUGAUUGCCAGUGGGUCGACAUCACCGAGAUCAAACCUGGAGAUUAUAUUUUUCAGGUAAGGAGUCCUGUGAUGCAUAUCAAACUUUUCCAUUAGAUCAGAAAGAAAGCUAAGUAAGAAGCUCAUCCCUGAUUUUUGCUUAUAAUUCUUCUUACAGAUAGUUAUAAAUCCAAACUAUGAAGUGCCUGAGUCAGACUACACAAACAACAUCCUGAAAUGCAGAUGUCGAUAUGAUGGUCAUCGUGUAUGGAUGUACAGCUGUCAUAAUGGUAAGAACUCUCUAAUAUUGGGUACACUGCACACUGAAACAGGAGUCAAAAUGUAUUAUUUUUCAAACCAAGUGGAUUUUGGUGCCUAAAUUUUAGUGUGUGGAAGUUUUGGCAAUAAAAACAAAAAUAAAAUCUCAAGAAUGAGCUUUAAACUCUCUUAAGAUUAAGUCUCCUAAGCAAACAGUCUCCUUGCUUUAUCCAUUUUUUCACCAGUCCUUUCCACACUGCCAGUCAACGGCACAGUGUUUAGUCCUUUUAAUGUCUCAUCAUUUUUAUGAAAUACAUAUACAUUAUUUCAUGAACAUAUAAUAUUGAUUAAUAUCGAGUUAUAAGAUCAAAACAAGAGUAUAUGGAAUGCAUCUUUUGAUCAUUUUCUCUCUUACACCCCUUGAUGACCAGUUUGAUAUCUUUGUGGGGUAACGAUACUGCAUUUAGAGGGUUUCAAAUAAAGAUGGUGAUACAUGAUAACCCUGUUUGUCUCUGCCAGGUGGCUCCUUAAGCCCUGAAACUGAACAGACAUUUCCAGGCCUCAUCAACAACCAGGUGGCCCACAGGUAAAAAAAAGCCAUGAUGAGGUAUCAAGUGGCCAUCGAUACUUGCACCCUCCCUGCACAGAGAUACGGCAUGAAGCCUGGGAAACCCUUCCUUUUAUUUUCUCCCUCCUCAAACAUCUUUGACCCUCCAACCUCCCCUUCCUACCAGGGAAAAGAGUAUUUGAGCUGCUCCUCUUGUCCAACACAGGCAGCUACAGUCACACAACACCUCCUGCCUAAAUGGAAGAGAGCAGUAAUGGUCCUCUUGUUUCCUGUUGCAUUUCUCCUUUGACUGAUGGCAUUGAACUGAAGGAGAAAUGCAAGUAAUUUAGAUCGCUUGCUGAGAUUUGUUAACCCCUUUGACAGAACUUGGCAGCACUUUUGGUUUGACGCUUGCCUGGGGGGGUUUUGGGGCUCUGUGCCAGGCAUUGUGAGGAGUGAGACAUUUCCUGAGAACAACAAAAGCAUCCAAGUUUUUUUUUUUUUAAAUAGUAUUGUCCUAUUGAAGGGAGUUUGAAAAAAAAGCCUUUUACACACUGAAGUACAAAUACAUCUAUAGGUUCUGUUACUCAACUGAAUAAAGUUUUUCUCUUUCAUGUUAGUUAUCCGAACUAAAGCCAAAACGUCACGUCUUUAAUUAAGAGGUUAAGUACAACAUGAUAUGGCAUAAGCAAACGCUGGAGGUAAAAUUGUCCCGUUUUUUCAUCAAUAACAAGUGCUGUCUAAAUGUGAGUUUAUUAAGCUAGGUUUUCUUACUCUUCUAUAUUAAGUUACAUGACAAUCAUUAACUGGUGUUUUUAAGUUAAAAAAGCUAACCUCUGAGCUUUUUUCAUCCAAGUGUUUUCUCCACUUAAGAAAUCUUUUUUAAGGAUUAUUGUGAACAUGCUGGGGCUUGAAAUGAACAGUGACAAUUUUUUUAAUUAAAAAAAAUACAAAUAAUAUUUCCUAGAGCUGUGAUUCACCAGCUGUGUCUUGGAUGGUGGUUGACCUUGGCCGGGCAGCUACAAUCGCUCAUGAGGGUCCAGUCUCGGUAUCCACACUCAUGCACUCACUGACUUCAAGGAGCAUUUUCUUCACGUCAUUCAUGAGGGCUUAGGGCUGCCCUGCUGCCACAUCAUUAUGUUGGUAAAGGAUCUCUCGCAGACUUUCUGGGCACUUUCCAUUUGUGGGUGAAUCUGCAGACUUAGCAGAGAGAAAUUAUAUAGAUUAUAGCAAUAUGACAUGCAACAUUGAUUUCCACAAGCAUGGAAAGGUGAACGAUUUCUGCAACAUAAAAAUUUAAAAACAGACAUCCAAUUAGGAGCAUAGAGGGUGCAAUGCUGACACUUAAAAAAAAGUUUGUAGGUAAAAAUAGGAAACAUUUCCAAGGUACUUCUGUUUUUAUCUCAGCAAGAUGCUGAGAAGCUGAUGCUUGAUAAAGCUAAAUUAUUACCCUGAAGGUGACCCAAACUCAUUCCUAUAAUACUGAGCCUCUCCAUUGACACUGGGUGAAAAAAAGCAGGCACAGUCAGCUCCUUUCAAAGAUGGUGUAUUAUUGCUUAAGUCGUCAUCAAACAUGUAAAUUUAAGUUCAGACUAACCCUUUUCCAAGGAAUUUUACGUAGGUAAACAUUUUAGGAGACUGGACUGGAUGAGAGCGACUGUCUCAGUGGGGUGUCGGUCUGGACAUGCAGGCAGGAAUUUGACCCUUUUGAACAUCAGUGGACAGGAUAAUGCAUCAUCUUAGUGCGCGGGUAUGAGUGGUCUGUAGACAGUAGAAAUUAAAUAAGAAUUAAACCCCAUACUUAAUAGUGCUUAUAAGAUAAUGGGAUACAAAAUACAAAAUAUUGUAUAUAAAUGCUGGUAAAGACAGAGAUUUGAUCAACAUUAGUGAGUCUAUGGUAGGAACUAUUGUAACUUAUGGCAUAAUAGCACCCUCUGCUGGCAAAACAUGAAAAAAUGUAUAUGAGGAAUUGAAGCUAUAGGGUGUUGUGGUUGCUGACGUUUUGCCAGGUAUAGACCUCUUUGGAAACUUGAGAAAUUCUCAGACAAGGAUUACUUGGAUCGAAACAAAAAACACAAAAAUGACUCUCAAUGCAUGGAGUACAUGCUAAACAAAAAAGACACACAGUGAUACAAAUUCACUUCCCCAAAAACCUGCAGCUGUCUGAGAGAGAACACUGGCAGCAGAAAUAGACAGCUGCUGAUGACGGUACCUUAAUCACAUGAUCUCAGCAUUAUCAUUACAAGUAUACUCCAGUAGUGUGAUAACUGUUGUGGAAGAAUGGAGAAAGAAAUUGAUCUGUCACAUAUUUGUGAUAAAGUGCUUUGUGAUGGAACAUUAAUGCCAGUUACAAUAAUCAGUCAACGGCUGCAUUAUUACUAUCACAGCCUUGUUACUUAAGCAAUUACAGUUAUUUAAAUGAAUAUUUCUUAAGCACAUAUUUACUUUCAUCAUUUAGGCUAUUAAUUUAUUUGCAACCCCAACUGGACUGUGAUUUGGAUCCUAACACAGCUUCUUGAUAAGCUGCGUGAGGUUGCUUCAUUAAUCCCUUUGCGAUAAUUGUCUCAUGAGUAAGGGGUGAACUACACUUGUAUCAUUUCUCUGCUGUGGUCUGCGUGACUGCGGUUGGAGGUUAAUGUCUAGUAAUCGAACGUUUCACUGAAAAAUCUUAUAAGCUUCACAAAACAAAAAGUGCUUGGGGGAUGAGAGGCUAGAAGUUGUUUCGGCAGCUGCUAUUUUCACGUCUAUAAACACCGCUGUGCAUGUGGCCUCAUCAUUGUUUUACACAUGUGAGGCCAGUUUGGGACCAGGACUUGUUCACAUGGGGAAUCUGAUUCAGGUCACACUGAAGACGUAAUGUGAACAGCCAAACAAACAAAAGUCAGCUACAGGCGGUAAAUCAGAAUCAAGGACUGCAGAGUGAACGUAGCCUAUGUGAUUGAUCAGUAGAUUGAUCAGCUAUCUGGGGUGUAUCUGGUCCCUCGCCCAGUGAUUAAGCUGGGAAUCUGCUCUGGCCUCUCAUUGUUUUAUUUUUUAUAAUAACAAUAAAAAAUGAAGCUUCAUUUCCAUCUUAUGGAGGCACAAAUACCAAACUGAGAGUGUUAGACAGAGUUGAUACAUCUCUUCUAGAGUCCAGGACAACAAAUGAAAAUCUUAUUGUUAGUGUUUUUUUUACAGUUUUACUCUAUGUUAAAAAAAUAUAUAUCACAAUUAUGUUUAUGUGAAUCCUGAUUUAUUAUAAUGUUUGUAAUGGUGCUAUCAAACUUGUCCUCUGUUUUCUGAGGGUAAAGUACAUGUUGAACAGCAACAUUAUGUAUAGUAACAGUAAACUUGAAUUGAGUCUAAGCAGUACGGUUCUCUGUUUAUUAAAUCUGAAUAAAGGUCUGAAUCAUGGAGCAACCA